AUGAGUACCCGCCCCCCUUGCUGCACCGAUCAUGGUCGCACCCCCCCUCUAAUUGCCCAUUGGGCGCUCUUGGUUGGAGAUUUUUACCACGAGUUAGUUAGAGUUUCUGUGCGGCCGCCGGGUCGUAAUUCUGGCAAUGCCCGGUACAUUGCAUAUCGGAAUGGGCCGCGGUCGGAGCUCACAAAUAUAUGGACCUACCAUCCUACUGGUCGGCCGACAGGUUGGAAUGAUGCAGCUAUUGCUGAUGGAGCUCGAAGUGUGAUAAGAGGCAUGCGUGCUGAGUACCAUGUUCUUGAUAAUAACUGCCAGCAUUUCGUUCGCAACCUCAGUAGCCUCAUCCUUGGUCCUCAACCACCAAGGCGCUUCUAUGGGGCAGCUGGCCUAUUUUCGAUGCCGUUGCCAGCAUUAUCACAGGAUGAGUGGAUUGAGGAUGCUGCCAGGGCUGAAGAGGAGCCGUCUCUAUGUACUGUUCAAGAUGAGGAUUCAGAUGCCGUCAAAGAAAUCAAAACAUUCAUGGAUGAUGUGAUGGCCAAACUUGAGGUUUCCGAGGUGAACCCAGUCCUGCUAUCCCGCUUCAGCAACGAACACUCUCCUCCAUUUGCAAGAUCGGCGCCCUCCAAGACGGUGACCAUGACGUGGGGCAGUGUUCUACACAAAAGCAUUGAGGUCAAUGAUACCGAAAAGCGGAGGAAGGCGAAGUCUCGAGACAGCUCUCAUAUCUCGACUAGAGCUAUCGGUGAGGUCAACACAAAACCUAAUCAAAAGAAGGACUCACAGAACGCUGCUGCUUUUCCACUUCUUAAUGAACACCUCUUACCCACUACCCAAAACUUGCGCCCCCUCACUAUCGAUCGGCGCCAGCAGGCUAGUCGGCUGGUUGCCCCCCAUGGAAAACAAGCUGCUGUCGACAAUCCCUGCGAUCCAAAGGAGACAUUAAUAUGGACGCGGGAGAGGCGAAGACGGUCACAUGAACCAGACGUUGUACAGAAGUGCGGCGGCUGCUUCAGGAGUCAGUGCUCCAACACUCUCAUUUACAGACCAGGCCACCGAAAGACCCCCAUGUGA